AUGCCUCGCGGAGCCGAAUUCGAUAACGGAAUCCCUCAAUCCGACAACGCCAUUGAGAACGGCCCUACAAAAGCACAUGGCACAAACCCGGGCUCCGAUAUCAACCGCGCCUACAAAGCCGCAGAUCUCCCAGAGACAACAGGCGGAAACAAUCUAGCCAGUGGUGGAGGAAGUGCGGGACCAAGGGCAAGCGGUUCAGGGAAAGGGGGCCACGAACCCAAGACGUUGGGCGAGCGAAAGGGGCUGGGGAGUCAGGGUGUUUAA